AAGUUUUGUUUUGGUGUUUUCAAUAGUUGUUUCUAAGCAACAACCGUUGUUAUGUAUCUCCAAGCUUCAAACAUUCGUACUACAAAAUUCAAUAUAUGGGUACUUUCCAAUCAAGGAAUUACGUAAAGAAAUAAAUAUUUCGUGCCCAGUUUUGAUGAUCAAGAUGUCCCCUUUGAAGAAUUUUAUAUUAUUUACCUCGGAAAACUAUUUCAGUUUAUCAAACGUUACAGUUGAUGAAAAUUCUGAACAAGCCCUCUCUGACUUUAUUCACAACUCACAGACAUUGCUACUUCAAGGGCGUAUAAAUGGAAACUCUGUUAUUUUCAAUAAUAAGAUUUGCAAUGAUAACAACCAAUCUAUAAUAUUCUACAAAACCUCUGCUCAAGAUUUGAAUGGAGAUGAUGGUGCAAAGAUAUUGAACAUAGCAACAAUAUCAACAAAUGUUGCAGAGUCAUUGUAUCAAUCAUUGAAACAUGUAUACACCCCAUUAUUUGCUCAUGAUGACCUCUACUCUAAUAAACUUCAGAAGAAUCUUCAUGAACUGGAGUCUCAUCUGAGAGUUCUGUUACAUGGGAAGGGAGAAGGAAAUAUGAAUGUGAUUUUGACUAUUGAAGAUGAAGUGGAAUAUUGGAAAACAUUAAAGCAGAAACAAGACAGCAAUAGUAAAGAAAAGGAGGCAGCAGCUACAAUGUGUGAAAUAUUUGAAGACAUAUGUGAUGAGAUAAGGUCAUUGCAAUCCAACAGUAUGUCUGAAAUAAGGGAGAUAGUUGAAAACAUUGGUGGACUUUUAGACGAUGUUUGGCGGUUCACCAUAAUUCCAUACUCUCAUGAAAGAAUGAUACAUAUUUUCGAUGCUAUUGGUCAUGUCAUAAACACUAAUAUACAGAAAGCUUGCUUGAAUUUAAAACUUUGGGAAGUAAAUAAUGUGAAUAUAGAAAACAGUGUUUUGCAAUUACUAUCUGAAAGUUUAGCUGCCAUUCAAACCUGGAUUAGUGCCUGUGAAUCUCUCACUGGAACAUACUGGCCUAAUUAUGCACUGCAUGCAUGGAAUGGAAAACCUUAUGUCCCAUCCUUUUCUAUUACAUUUCAAACGCGAUUAAAAGAGAUUUUUGAAAUAAGAUCUACUUAUUGUCAACUCAAUAAGUUGUUGACAAAUGCAGAAAAAACAGACCUAAAGACGCAUCAGUUAUUUGUUCCUUUUGAAAAUAUCAAUGUUUGGGCUUACAACGGGCCUAAUAACGUGUGGGAGACUGCAGUAUCACGAUUCUCGAUAGCGCUGCGCCCUGCUGAAACGAAAAUUGCGGAGAAACUCAGGCCUAGAUUACAUAAUACUUCAACAAAACAGAUGCUGUACGAGUUCAUACGCUACAAAUCGCUCAUAGAAAGACCUCUUGUGAAGCAAGCGCUCAACACUGAAUUAGAUAUUUUCGUGUCAUCCUUAAUAUCGCUAGUGAAGAGCAUCCAAAGCCAAUUAGAAUGUGAUGAGAUGGAUGUACGCAUGUACCAGCCGCCGGAGAUGUCGCCUCUCGUGCAACAAGUGCAGUGGGCCAAGCAGAUGGAAGCCAAGGUUAAAGACAUUCAAACUUGCGCUGAACAACAUCUGAAAGAGUACGAAAGCAGCGUUGAACUCUCUAAGUUGUCGGCGCGGCUUUUGAAAGACUUGAAAGCGAUGUAUAUUCAGCUGCAUGAGGAAUGGUCCAGGGAAAUACAGGCUCAAGCCAAGAGCGGCUCCCUUCAACUGUCGAUGGACAAGCCGGUGGUGGAAUUCUCCCCAGAGAGCCGUCUAAUGGUGGUGAACUUUAACCCACGACUGUCGUGGUGGGCGUUAGAGGCCCGUACUUUGGCCGCUUUGGGACUGCCGCCGCCGCCUGCCGCCGCAGCGUUAGAUACACUCAAUGAAGCUAGGGUUCAUGCGAGGGCUCUGCUGCAGGUUGCGUCGUUCCACAAUACGCUGGGCGAGCGAAUGAUCCCCUCGACUCGGCCGAUGAUGCUUCAAGCCGCUUUGGACUUAUCCGCCUUAGUGCAGGACCAGAAAGCGGUCUACUGGGACGACUUAGAACAGAUAGCCAAUUACACCAACAAGCUGAAAGAGCAAGUGUUGAAACUUGAGUCACAGAAUUCCUAUUUAACAAGCCAACAUCUCGCUAUACGAAAAAUUGUGGAGGAACUCAUGGAUACCGAACUUUUAGCUCAGCAGUCUGAAUGGAAGAAGCAUAUUAAAGAUAUCAGAGACAUUAUUGAGAAGGUAGAGGCGAAUGGUUAUACCAAUACCGAUGCAUGGAGAACUCACUGGGACGGGCAAAUAUAUAAGGCGCUUGAAUGCCAGUAUAUUAAGACGUUACUCUCGCUGCACAAACAUUUUCCACACGUUAAAGUGGACUUGGUGCUUAGAGGGCAGCAGGUGCGCGUGCAGCCGCCGCUGGAGGAGGUGCGCGUGCAGCACUACCAGCAGCUGCGGCGGCUGGCCGCGCUGCCCGCCGCCGCCGCGCCGCUGCAGCGCCGCCUCGCGGGCAGCGCGCUGUUCGCGGACAUCGUGCAAGAACACGGCUGGCUAGCGAACGUAGCGGUGCAACAACUAGAGGCGGCGAUGCGGUCGCUGCAGCAGACGUGCGACGCGUGGACGCGCCGCGCCGCGCUCGCGUGCGUGCCCGACUUGUCCGCUUUGUGCGCCGAGCGGCUCGCCGAGCCGCAGCAUUGGGAGCUCAACUUUAAGGCCUGCAAGGCGUAUGGACAGGCUGUAGCUAAGAUGAAUUUCGAAGAUGAAAAAAUCGAAUGGAUAAGCGUUGGCACGGCGUCUCUACGUCGCGAGCUGGAAUCGUCAUCUCGCGAGCUAUGGGCGGCGCUGAUGUCGUCCCUGCAAACCAGUUGUCGCGGCGACGCAUUGAAACUUGACGAGUUUGUCGCGGCUGCGUCGCUGCUACUCCGUGACAAACAGAUGCCGAAGAACGCUAAGGAAUUAGCGGAGUUGAGCGCCCAACAACAAGCGUUGCAGGCGAAUAUUCCUGAUAUUGAGAAAACUGUAGAAUGUAUAAAACGUAAGGCACACAUGCUACGAACUUGGGGUGGCGAUGCGUCUAUUGAUGGCUCCAUUCACGAGUGGAAUAAAACUCGCGAGCUCAUGAUCAGUCAGCAACAAAUGUUUGAACAUCAGGCCGAAAUCGUGAAGACUGGUUUAAGUGGUGAAUGGGAGAAUCUGAACAGUAGUGUGGAAGCGUGGACGUCGCGAUGGGAACAAAAUAAACCGCGGCUAUCAGACACUCGUGACGUGCAGUAUGAGGAGAUGUCGCAGCGAUGUCGUUCCGUAUUCGAAGCUCGCGGCCACUGGGAACAAUUGCUGGCAGAAAAGGAACAGUUAACAAUACAAUGUGAGAAAUUCAACAUGAACAUAGAACCUUCAAAUGUCUGGCAAGAUGCUGAGAAACUAAUGAACGAAUAUGUAACUAUGUGGAUGCCCUUGAAAGAAUAUAUCGAGGAAUAUGAAUCGAUAUCGGGACAGGAAUGGAUAGUGUUCCAAAAGAAGUUGCACUUGUUGGAAGAGUUCGCGAGCAAGUGGGGCGCGCGGCUCGAGCCGUACACCGCCGUCACUCUGUACAUGCGGCAGGAGCUCGACAAGUUCGCUGACUUGACUCCAUUAUUGAAGUAUGUACGUGGCGCUGACUUUACGGAGUUUCACUGGCGAGAAGUUUUCGGUCUUCUAGGCUUGGAGUAUAAGAAGCCAGAUACUGUUGUACUCAGAGACUGGCUCGAAGUUGCAGUGAACAUCAAGAAACAAGUGAAAGCGUUACAGAAAAUAUGCACUAACGCGUCGAGCGAGGCUGCGAUCCGAAGUGCUCUGAACGACUUAGAGCUGUGGUUCGCGGGCGCUCGUGUUUCUAUCACGUACUACACGGACCACGCCAAGCGACCCACUCCUAUUGUGAAAGACUUCAAGGAUCUACUUGCUAAGAUCGAAGAGCAGCAAUGGAUCGUGUCGUCGGUGUCUGCGGGCGGCGCGGGCGCGGCGGGCGCGUGGGAGGGGCGCCUGCGCAGCGCCAGGGCGCUCGCCGCGGCCGCGCACCACGCUCAACGCAGAUGGCUCUAUUUGGAGCCGAUAUUGUGCAGUGACGAAGGUGACCUGGGCACCAAGUUCAGGAAGGUGGACCAGGGCUUCAGACAAGUGGCGCGGAUCUUCGAAGCAGACCCUCGCCUCUCCGCCUUACUGCAGUCUUCGCGGCUGCAAUCCAUGCUCGACUCUAUCUCGGAACAACUAGUUUCUUGUCAGUCGGCACUGAAUCAGUACAUUGAUGAGAAACGAUCAGUCUUUCCAAGAUUAUACUUUCUGAGUGACGAUGAUCUCUUAGAGCUGCUUGGUCAAGCUCGCGCCGGGGCCGAAGGUCGCGAGGUGGUGAUGCAAACGCAUCUUAAGAAACUAUUCCCGGGCACUACUGGAGUGCGACUUGGCCCCGGAGGAAUGUCAAUAACUGCCCUUUGUACCCAUUUUGACGAAACGUUUCAGCUGGAUCACCCCGUCGAUAUAGAUUGCCCUGUGGAGGUAUGGUUAAAAAAUCUAGAAAUUGAGAUGCGAUCAUCCCUAAGAAAUGUGACUUUGAAAUGCGUCCUCACUAAUUCUUUACAAGAUCAAGAUCCGUUUUCGCUGCCGACGCAAAUACUUUGCCUCACGCAGAACAUUCAUUUCACUGAGCAAGCGGAAAAAGCUAUAGCCUCUAAGGACUUACAUAAAUUAAAGGCCAAUGUAGAAAAAGAGAAUUCAUAUUAUGCAUCCGCCGAGGCGGAUGAUGAAAGUGAACGACAUAAAAGACAGGCUCUUAUAUUACAAUGCACUUAUUACAUAUCAGUAAUAUGUACGCUUAUAGAAAAUAAUGUUGUGUCAACAAGUGACUGGUUGUGGCAAAAACAGUUGCGAUUCUAUUUGCUGGGUAACAAGGAAGUUAUAGCCAAAAUGGGUCUUGCAGAAAUAUCCUAUUCAUAUGAAUAUCUAGGAAUCAACACGGGACAGUUUGUGAGAACUGAAUUAGCUGACGAAUGCUUCCUGAUAUUAACUCAGUCUCUCCAUUUGGGACUCGUUGGGAAUCCCUUCGGACCAGCCGGGACAGGAAAAACAGAAUCAGUCAAAGCUCUCGGUGGUUUAGUCGGCCGACUGGUUCUCGUAUUUAAUUGUGACGAAGCAAUGGACGCCGAAUGUAUGGGUCGUUUGCUAAGCGGAUUAGCCUUAUGCGGGGCUUGGGGCUGCUUCGACGAGUUCAACCGCCUCGAUGCUGAUACCUUAGCGGCUGUGGCGCAUCAACUCGGCUCCUUGCUGCCCGCCAUGCAGCGGAGCGCGGCCCGGCAACCCGCCGUAGCUACACUUAAUGGAAAACAAAUCGAGGUGAACCCAUGGUGCGGCGUAGCAGCUACUAUGAACCCCGCCGGGCGUGGUUACGGCGGACGUCGCCAGUUGCCCGCAGCCCUUCAGCGGGCGCUCCGCCCCGUGGCUAUGACCGCGCCCGCGCCGAGACCUCUAGCCUCCAGUCUGCUGGCUGCACGGGCACUCCCAAAGGCUGAACAUCUUGCUAGUCUGUUGUGCGAUGUGUUCUCGCUUGCCAGCGAGCUACUAAGCGGCCAGCGCCACUACGACUGGGGUCUCCGCGCUCUGAAGGCGGCAGUGUCGAGCUGCGGCGCGGCGCUGGCGGCGGCGCAGGCCGGGCAGCGCGCGGCGCCCGCCACGCUGCUGCGGCGGCUGCUGGCGCUCAACAAACUCUCCGAGCUCAGUCAGCGAGACGCGGACAGAUUUGAAGAUAUAUUAACACUCGUUUUUGGCGACCCAAACAAAGAAGAAACUACCGAUGAUCCAUUGAAGAAAGUCUUGGAAGAAAGUGUUGAAACAUUAGGCUAUACGCACAAUGCUAUUCAGAUACAAAAAUGUAUGCAGCUUUAUGAACAGUUACAACAACGAAUGGGAGUGGCUAUUGUCGGUCCGCCGGGCUCCGGAAAAACUACGAUUAGACAACUUUUAAAAACUGCUCUUACUCAACAAGGUAGAACAAUCGUGGAAUACGUGAUCGGCCCCAAGUCAAUGAGCCGUGAAAAUCUACUUGGCCAUAUUGACCGCGAUACUCGGCAAUGGGCAGAUGGCGUUAUCUCCGCCACUGCGUUGGAGAUUUCCAAUCAGGGUGCAGCAGUGUGGUCCUGGGUGGUACUUGACGGAGACGUGGACCCAGAGUGGGUAGAAGCCUUGAAUUCCGUUUUGGACGACAACCGCCUGCUUACCCUGCCAUCAGGCGCGCGGCUUCAUUUGACAACCGGAGUCAACUUUCUGUUUGAGACGCACGAGUUGAAACACGCCUCGCCCGCUACUAUAUCGCGCCUUGGCAUUGUGCUGUUGAGCAACAAAACUUGUUGUGCCGAAGAAGCAUUAGAGAGUUUACUCCGAGGCAAUGAGUUUGAUGAUGAACCUGUAAAGAUGGCCGUUCCUCUACUGCAGCAAGUCGUUAAGAAAUGUUUGCACUGGUUCAAUUCUCACAGAUCUGAUUUUAUGCUCAAAAUAUCCAACACAAAUAUGGUUAAGCAAAUAUUGACUCAGUUUAAAUAUGCUGCUCAAAAUGCGCCAUCGCCUGUUACUCCAGAAAAAAUUGUAAAACUGGCGGUACAAAGAAGCGUUGUUGGGAUAUUGAAGGCAAAAGCUGUUGAUGCAUUCUAUGACCAGGCUUGUUCAGACAUAGGUGGCGCCAUAGGCAUGUCCGUCAUGAAUACGGGGUCAUUGACGUCGGAAGCCAGCUGGCACGGCUCCUUGUUGUUGUCGCCGCGGCUGGCCGCAAGCGAGCCGGCGCUGCGUGCUGCUUUGGCGGGCGGACAGCAUUUGCUUGUGAUUGGUCCUCACGCUUGCGGGAAAAACUUACUAAUUGAACAUGCGCUGAAGGAAACUGACUCAACUGUUAUAACGAUAACAUGUACUCCUGUUACUGAGCCGGCCGACGUUAUAGCGGAACUGAAAAGGCACAACGUGGUGCGUGCGGGGAGGGGCGCGCGCUGCGUGCUGGCGCUGCGAGCGCUGCAGCGCGCGCGCCGCGACCGCUGGGGCUGCAGUCCGCUGCUGCAGUUUCUGCUGCAGCUGAUCCAGUGCGGCGGCUUCUGGAGCGUGGGAGGCGCGGAGUCCGGUGCGGCGUGGAGCGGCGCGGCGGUGCGGCUGCUCGCCAGCGCGACCGUAGCGCCGCCCGACGCCAGGCUCGCCGCGCUACCCACGCUUAUAUUGCCUGAACCGGAUGACGACGAACUAACAGAAUUAGCGAGAAAUUCUUUAAGUAAUAAUAUUGAUAAAAAUAUAGCAGAAAGUGAAAUAUCGAACCUUGUCCCUAAAAUCGUUGCUAUGUUUAAGGAAGUAACGGAAACGUUUUAUUCGCGACCACAUUACAAAUGGAAUGCGUCACAUUUAAUAAAGUGGUGCGAGAAUGUAAAGUGGUAUUCCCCGUCAAAUGUAGCCGAUCUGUCAAUGGCUUUGACCGCCGAAGCGAAUUCAAUAUUCAGAGACAGGCUGGUGACGGAAGAAGAGCGUGCCAGUUUUGCUAAUAUUUGCAGGAUUUAUAUGAAAGACGACAAAAAAAUUUUGUAUUUCACACCAAAACAACGAGAUAAUAGUAUAUAUUUGGAGGAAAUUGGUCGUGAUGAGUGGAACCAACGGACGCAAAAGCUCAUCAACCAAUGCCUUACUGAAAACGAAUUAGCUUUUGAUGGUGUCGGCGCUGAAGUGUGCUUGGAGUUGUCCGUGUUAUGUACUGCAAUGGCCAGAGCUACAUGUGGCGGCGUGGUGACAUGCGUGGGCAGCGCGGGGACCGGCCGGCGCGCGGCCGCCACGCUUUUGGGCGCCGCUUUACCCGCGCAGCUAUUCUUCAUAGAAUCAACACAACACUUCAAUCUCAAUUUAAAAAAUGCUGUAACGGUAGCGAGUGAGGGCAGUCGCUCGCUGGUGGUAUUGAGCGAAAGUGCAGUAGAGUGCGCUUUGCUGUCGCACAUCGAAGCUCUGCGUAGCGCCGCUUCGCCACUUGCUCUGCCCGAUAUCUUGCCCUCUGUCACUAGCUCCGCGUUGGAACAAAUAAAACAAUACUUAGGCUUCGUUAUAUGUCUUGAUAAGAACCAGGAGAACCUGUGGGACCUAAUGAAGAAAUUCCCGUGGUUGUAUUCGGAAGAUGUGGUCUGGAUCGAAAGUUGGUGUUCUGAGACUGUACAAGAAAUGCCGCGACUCAUCGUCAAUAGACUUGUAAAAGAGGACGUAUCACAAGAUAAAGAACAAUCAGAUCCCAUCCCAGUAGAUGGUUUUGUGAGCAUUUACAACAGUAUUGAAUUGGAGCCGAUGCGCGCUCCCAUAAAAUACGUGCGCUUUGUUAAGACGUACUACCACAUAUUGAGCAAGAAGAGACAGGCAUUGUUGCAGAGGCACACUAUGCUCUCCGCGGGCGUGGAAGCCUUACGACGCGCUCGGGUUUCAGUGGGUACUUUACAAGAGGAGGCGGCCGCACAGAAGGCGGCACUGGCUGAACGACAGGCUGCGGCCGCGGCCGCGCUAGAUCAGAUCACCGCCACCGUGCGACACGACUCCGCCAAGAAGGACGACAUGAACGCUCUCAAGGCCACCAUCGAGCGCGAGAACAACAACCUGCAGAUCAGAAAAAAAGAAAUAGAAGCUGAGUUAGCUUCAGUGGAGCCUGUGAUAGAAGCGGCUAGAUCUGCCGUUGGAGAUAUUCGCCCAGAAUCAUUGAGUGAGGUUCGUUCUUUGCGAGCGCCUCCGGACGUAGUUCGUGAUAUUUUGGAAGGCGUUCUGAGACUUAUGGGCAUCGCGGACACCUCGUGGCAUUCUAUGAAAAACUUCCUCUCAAAGCGAGGUGUCAAGGAAGAUAUAAGAUGUCUAGACGCGAGCCAGAUCAAGCCCGAGGCGGCGGCUGCGGUGAGCAAGCUGCUGGAGCGCCGCGGCGCGUCGUUCGAGCCGAGCGCGGCCAAGCGAGCGAGCGCGGCGUGCGCGCCGCUCGCGGCCUGGGUGCGAGCCAACCUCGCCUACGCUGAGGCGCUCGCCAGGGUGCAGCCGCUACAGCAACAACAACGACAGCUUUUACAAAACCUGAAAGACGCCGAGUCCCAACUAGCAGCGUUAUCGACUGGGCUUGAAAGCGUCACAGAACGGGUAUCAGCGUUGAAGGAACAGCUGGGAAGAGAAACUCGCGAGGCGGCGGCGAUAGAGUUGAGGUUAGAAACCGCUACGGCGACUAUAACCGCCGCCAGGGGGCUAUUAGAUCGCCUCGCUGAUGAAGACACCGCGUGGGCGCGAGACUUGGAACAUAUUUCGAAGGAAAUUACAGAACUAAAUCUGAGAUCGUUACUUGCCGCCGGCUAUCUUGUAUAUCUGCCGCACCUGACUGAGCCUCAAGCAAGGGACUAUAUCAAGAAAUGGAGUUCCCUAAUAGGUUUCGACGAUACAUCGUUCUCUGUAAUCAAUUUCCUGUCAACGGUAGAGAUGCAAUUGAAAUGGGAAGCUGACGGUUUGCCCGCUGAUGAGACGGCGAUAAAAAAUGCGGUGGUUAUAACACAAGCGUUAGAGCAACCAUCGUGCGGAUUGACUCCGUUACUGGUGGAUCCGGACGGCGAUGCACUGGCUUGGUUGCAACGUACCCUGGGCUCGAAUGGCGAGAUAGUGUCCCAAGACGCGCAUAAUAUACACACUGCUGUUCAGUACGCGCUAAGACUGAACCGUCCGCUGGUGGUGCAGUCGGUGCGGAGCGCCCACGCCGCGUGGUCGCCCGCGCUGCUGAGCGGGGCGCGGCUCGUGCUGCAGUGUGAACAGCCGCCUGUGUUGCCGCCAUCACUGAUGGCGCACAUCUCCACUGUUAACUUCGCAGCAAGAUUAGAUCCUCUUACAGAUCUUUUGGUACAUCAUGCGUUACAACAACAGAAUCCGGAAGUGAAUGAGAAAUCCAAAGAGUUGAAAAUACAAAAAGCUACACUACAGAAACAACAGCACGAAUUGCAGGAAAACUUAUUGCGUGAACUGUCAACAAAGAGCGAUAUAUUGCACGACGUGAACCUUCUAGAAUCUUUGAAUCAAACUCGUGCAACCGCUGCUACCAUUAGAGAGGCGCUUCAAGAAGCAGCAGAGUUAGAGCGAGCAAGCUCGGCGGCGGCCGCUCGCUACACGGCGAGCGCGGCGCGCUGCGCGACGCUGGCGCUGGCGGUGCGGCGCCUGGCACGCGCGCGCCCGCUGCUGGCGCUGCCCAUGCAGCCCGUACGCGCCCACUACACGGCCGCUCUGCGACACGCUCAAUCAAAAGACUCUCAAGAUAUUAACAGCGAAGAAGUGGUCAAAUACUUUACAAAAAGAAUCAUCGAGAGAGUUCUACUUGCUCUACACAAGAAAGAAAAAUAUACGGUUGUUCUGUAUUUGCUGAAGGAGGUUUAUGAAGAAGAUUUCCCAGAAAAGCUGUGGCAGUUGUUUUUGGGCAACACCACUGUUACUGAUGACCAAGAUAUCAGGAGUAUUGUAAAAAGUUUUUCGUGGAUCCCUGAUGAAUGUGCUAAAAACGUUGCUCAAAUCAAAGUCACAAGUGAAGAUCUGUUUAAUAAGUUACACCUCGAGGACAAAACUAUGUGGGAGCGAUUUCUGGAAAGCGGAGAAUUGUCUUUGCUCGCUCGACUGGGACUGUCUCCAUUGGAGAGUGUGUUAGCCGUCUCGGCACUGCGGCCUGACUCACGGUAUAGGGCUAUUGUGGCUCUUGUCGAACACUAUCUGGGCGGCGUAGUGUUGCGGUCACGCGACGCGCUGUCGCUGGCCGCGCGCGCCGCCCGCGGCCGCCGCGUCGUGCUGGCGCUGGGUGCCGUGGCGGCGGACACGAUCCCGCUCACAUUAUGUGUGGGCAUAUCGGAAGGUCGCGCGGCGUGGUGGGCGGGCGUGGAGUCGUGCCGGCGCGGCGGCGCGCUCGGCGUGCUGGCCGGCGCCUCGCCGCUCUGCCUCGAACUGCAACAGUUCGUGCUGGAAGUGCUGGCGGCUCCGCCUGAAGAUUUUAGUGAAGAUUUUCGUCUCUGGAUUAUAUCCGAAGAUCGCGAAGUACCAGCAGCAUUGUCUAAUGCUUGUAUCAAUGUCAUUUUGGAAGCGCCGGAAGGAGUAAAGCCGAACGUCCUGAGCACGCUGUCGGCGUGGGGCGAGUACUCGGCCGAGCCGGAGCUCGUGCGCAUGCACGCGUGCCUGGCGCUGUUCCAUGCGCUGGCGCAGGAGCGGCGCGCCUAUAUACCGCAAGGCUUAUGUGCCAGCAUUCGAAGGGCUGCCAGACAUGGAUACUCCGCAGUUGCUGGGCUUGCCGGCCAACUGCCGCCUCGCCUGGGAGAGAAGCGCCGCUAACGACAUCAUUACGGGACUGAAAGAGUUUGAUAACAUCAUAGAAACAAGCAAAAACAAAUCGGGUGGUCCAUCGCCGGUUUCCGCUAUAAGAUCCCUUUGGAAGAAACUUAUGUCCGGAAACCCGCUCAUCAAAGAGGAUUAUCAGAUAA